UGGUUCAAACAGCAAAUCAAAAUCGAAAGUGAUUCAGUUCAGUAACAACGUCUAACAACUAAAAAAGAAGCAAAAAUGGCAUUCAAAUCGACCAGUUUUGUGAUUUUCGGUUGCCUGUUGGCAGUGUCUUUUAUUAUAAGCACCGAAGCUGCCGUCCCCAAAUGUCCUGGCCACGAAGAUGGUACCCCCACCUACUACCCCGAUCCCGACGACUGCCAGUACUUCUACGAAUGCAGCAACGGAAAAGCUUACCACAUUAAAUGCGGAAAGGGCACCUACUGGGACACAACUGUUGACGCUUGUAACACCGCUGACGACGUAAGCUGUGGCUCCAGAUCUACGCCAGCGCCAGUAACUGAAGCAUCAUUUUAGGCAGUCAGUAGAAAAAUAUAUAACUUUAAUAAAUAAUAACUUUAUAUAACAACCGCACAUAUUCUUUAAUACUUCUUUAAAAUAAAAUGUAAUAACUAA